AUGCCACAGCACAACUACGUUGAAGAGGCAAUUAAGCAGUCUGGAAGAAGAGAAGACUAUGCUGUAAGAAAAGAGAAGUACGAGGCCAGGGCCGGAAAGAGGCUGUCUAAGAUGGCGAAGGAGCUGUAUGGAAGAAAGGCCAUAAUCUUCCACGACAAGCGAAGAAAAGAGAAGAUCCAGCUGAAGAAAGAGAAGCUGCAGACAGAGAGGAAGCAGAAGAAGGUUGCGCAGGAGGAGAUCGCAGACGGCGCCAUUCCCGCGUACCUGCUGGACAGGGAAAAGCAGGCGGCCAUACAAGCCAUAACCACCCAGCUGAAGGAGCAGAGGCAGAACAAGGCUGGAAAGUACAACGUGCCAGUCCCGCAGGUAAGAGGAAUAUCCGAGGCAGAGGCGUUCAAGGUCAUGAAGACCGGAAAGAGGCAGAGAAACCAGUGGAAAAGGGUUGUCACAAAGCCGUGCUUUGUGGGCGAGGGCUUCACCCGAAAGCCGCCAAAGUUUGAGCGGUUUGUGCGGCCAACAGGGCUGCGUAUGAAGUCAGCCAACAUAACGCACCCCGAGAUGAAGUCUACAUUCCUUCUGCCUAUUAUGGGGGUCAAGCAGAACCCGAACUCGCACUUGAUGACAACGCUCGGCCUCCUCACCAAGGGAACCAUAAUAGAGGUGAACACCAGCGCGCUCGGAAUGGUCUCGGAGUCUGGAAGAAUUAUAUGGGGGAAGUACGCGCAGAUAACCAACAACCCAGAAAACGAUGGGUGCGUAAACGGAAUACUUUUGGUGUAG